CUGUUGCAAUCUUCACAAGUCUCGGGAAGAGCAGCCAGCGAGCCAGAGAGCGAGCCCUACUACGGUGGAUCAACAAGGCACCGGGACACGCGCGCAACAUCGUCCCCCCCUCCCUCCCCUCUCGCCAUCCCGCCACCCCACAUACACACACACACACACACACACCGCACACACACACGCGCGCGCAUCUCUCUCCACCAGCCGCUAUGCCUCGCGCGCCGCUCUCGUAAGAGGGAAUUUACAGCCUCUCCGCCUUUGGCCAACAUGGUUUCAACGUCGCGAGGAUUUUUUCUUGCUCCGAUCGCUUGAGGGUGGUUUGGUCUUUUUUUUUUUAUUUUUUUUCUUCCCUCCCCCCUCCCCGUUUUUUGCUUUUUAUUUGGGGGUUGAGGUUUCCUUCCCCCCCUUCUCUUUCUUUCCUCCCCCCUUCCCUUAAAACCUUCUCUUUCCCCUCUCCUUCUACGCUGCUUCCUCCCUCCCUCCUUCCCUCCCCCUUUUUCUUCUUCUUCUUCUUUCCCUUGGCAAUCUUUCCUCCUCUCCCUCUCUUUCUCUCUCUCUCUCUCUCUCUCUCUUUCCUUCUUCUUUUUUUUUUCAAUAAAGCCACCCCAGUCGAAGAUGGAUGUCUCGUUUUGUCCGACCAAAUGUAGUUUUUGGAAGGUUUUCUGGCUCUGGAGCAUAUGGGGUGACUACUUGGUUUCCGUUUUGGGUUGCCCUGCCAACUGCCUUUGCAACAAAACCGAGAUCAAUUGCAAAAAACCAGAUGAUGGCAACCUCUUCCCUCUGCUGGAGGGGCAAGAUUCGGGAUCCACCAAUGGAAAUGCCAGCAUCAACAUUACGGAUAUCUCUAGGAAUAUCACUUCGAUAUACAUAGAGUAUUGGAAGAAUUUGCAGACUUUGCAUGCCGUAGACAUGGAGCUGUACACAGGACUCCAGAGAUUGACAAUCACGAACUCAGGGCUCCGAAGCAUCCAGCCGCGAGCGUUUGAUAAGAAUCCUCACUUACAUUACAUAAAUCUCUCAGGUAACCGGUUGACCACUCUUUCGUGGUUACUCUUCAAGACGCUGAGGCUUACAGAACUGAAGUUGGAAAACAAUAUUUUUAACUGCAGCUGUGAUAUCCGUUGGAUCCAGCUGUGGCAGGAGAGAGAAGAAGCCAAUUUGCAGAACCAGGACUUGUACUGCACGAGCAUGGAGACCAGCCACAUACCCAUACAGGAGCUGAAUAUCAACCAGUGCGAUUUGCCUGAAAUCAGUGUCAGCCACGUGAAUCUGACCGUCUGCGAAGGCGAAAAUGCUGUUAUCACGUGCAACGGGUCCGGUUCUCCUUUGCCAGAUGUUGACUGGAUUGUGGUCAACCUGCACUCCAUCAACACGCAUCAGACAAAUGCCAACUGGACCAAUGUCCAUUCCAUCAAUUUAACCCUGGUGAAUGUAACCAGCGAAGACAAUGGGUUCCUGCUUACGUGCAUAGCUGAGAAUGUGGUAGGAAUGUCUAAUGCCAGCGUACUUCUCACUGUAUACUCUCCUCCCCGUAUCCUCAGCCUCCUGGAACCGAUUCGGCAUAUGGAACACUGUAUCGAGUUUUCAGUGCAUGGGAACCCUCCACCCCAAACAUGGCUGUACAACGGCCAGUUUCUUAGGCAAACCGCCUUCAUCCGCAUGGACGUCUACCAGGGUGGGGACAUCACAGAUGGCUGUUUGCUCUUCAACCAUCCCACUCAUUACAACAAUGGCAACUACACCAUCGUGGCUACCAACUCCUUGGGAACAGCCAACCAGACUGUCCGAGGACAUUUUCUGGAGAAACCAUUUCCAAGCAUUUCAGAUAUCUUUGUCACAUAUGAGUACAGUCCAAGUCCCUCCCCUCUCAUCACAGUGACACAUAAGCCAGAGGAAGACACAUUUGGGGUCUCUAUCGCAGUGGGUCUCGCGGCGUUUGCCUGUGUCCUCCUGGUGGUCCUAUUUAUUAUGAUCAACAAAUAUGGACGGCGAUCAAAGUUUGGAAUGAAAGGUCCCGUGGCUGUAAUCAGUGGAGAAGAGGAUUCUGCCAGCCCUCUUCAUCACAUCAACCACGGCAUUACCACACCUUCAUCGUUGGACACUGGCCCAGACACGGUGGUGAUCGGUAUGACCCGGAUUCCUGUCAUUGAAAACCCACAAUACUUCCGACAAGGCCACAACUGCCAUAAACCAGACACAUAUGUCCAGCAUAUUAAGAGGAGAGACAUCAUCCUUAAAAGAGAACUGGGUGAAGGUGCUUUUGGGAAGGUGUUCCUGGCUGAGUGCUACAACCUCAGUCCCACCAAGGACAAGAUGCUAGUAGCUGUGAAGGCUCUCAAGGACCCAACUUUGGCUGCCCGAAAGGACUUCCAGAGGGAGGCAGAGCUGCUCACCAACCUGCAGCAUGACCAUAUUGUGAAAUUUUAUGGUGUCUGUGGUGAUGGAGAUCCACUCAUCAUGGUCUUCGAAUAUAUGAAGCACGGAGACUUGAAUAAGUUUCUAAGGGCACACGGGCCAGAUGCAUUGAUCCUUGUGGAUGGACAGCCUCGGCAAGUCAAAGGAGAAUUGGGACUUUCUCAAAUGCUGCACAUUGCAAGCCAGAUUGCCUCGGGAAUGGUUUAUCUGGCCUCCCAGCACUUUGUACACAGAGACCUGGCCACGAGGAACUGCUUGGUUGGAGUUAAUCUACUGGUGAAGAUUGGAGACUUUGGGAUGUCCAGAGAUGUCUACAGCACUGAUUAUUACAGGGAAGUGACGCAUCCGAAGGGCUAUUACAGCAGAACGUGGCAGCAGCAGAGAAUUACAGCCAUGGCAGCUACAACAGUUGGGGGACACACUAUGCUGCCAAUCCGCUGGAUGCCUCCUGAAAGCAUUAUGUACCGGAAGUUCACCACAGAGAGUGAUGUCUGGAGCUUUGGAGUAAUUCUCUGGGAGAUCUUCACAUAUGGAAAACAGCCUUGGUUCCAGUUGUCAAAUACAGAGGUCAUUGAGUGCAUCACCCAAGGCCGAGUCCUGGAGAGGCCCCGGGUUUGCCCCAAGGAAAUUUAUGAUAUCAUGCUGGGAUGCUGGCAGAGAGAACCUCAGCAGAGGCUGAACAUUAAGGAAAUCUACAAGCUCCUUCAUGCUCUGGGCAAAGCCACUCCAAUCUACUUAGAUAUCCUCGGCUAGCAGCAACCAAGCUUUGAAGUUGUUGCUGUGUCUUUUUUCUCCCCACCCUACCUCUCCCUUGACCUCAAGCCAACAUAUUCAUAUAAACUCAAGUGCCUGCUAUACAUACAACACUGAAAGAAACAAAACCGAAAGAGACAAGUUAAAGGGAAACAUUGAAAGCCUCAAUCAUAUGUAAAGCAGUUGGGGCUAUAUACAGAGAGAGAAAGAGAAAGAGAAAGGGAAAGAGAAAGAGAGGGAGGGAGAGGGAGAGCUUUUGCUCCCAUAGCUGCUGCUAUUAAAAAAUAUAACAUCCCAGAAGCAGAAGGAAAACGUUAGAGAGAUUGAAAGAGUUCUACAGUAUUAAACAGAACACAAGGGGGGGCGGGGGGGAAACAAUAUUUAACUUAAGAUAUGGAACUGCAAAUCCUACAGUGUCCUUUAGAUUCUGGCUACCCAAUAGAGUUCAAUUCAUUUGGAAAUAUUGAAUAACAACAAAAGAAAAGUUGAUGAAAGCAUGCCUAAUCGGGCACCAAACUGGCAAUGGUCCUGUUAUUCCAGGAUGAUUUCCCUCACCCCACCCCUGGAGUAACUUCCUUUUUAAGAGAUCUCAUCUACCAUCGUAAUGCCACCAACCCCACCUUGCCCUUCUGGCUUUAAACAAUUCUGGAAUCUCUGUUGUCUCCGGCGUAUCUCAUUCUACUCCAAGGUUUCUGAUUCUCUCCUAUGUCUAAAUGUUUCAGUUUUGGAAUAUAUACCAUUCAGAAGGUUCACUUCACCUCCUGGUCAAAUGAAGCAUCAGAGGAACGUCCACCCAGCUGCAAAGAAAAACAAGAAUGGAUCUAGUAUCUUUUACCGGAUCGUUUUCAUAUUUCCUUUCCUUUUCAAACGAGAGUCCUGGAAAUCAUCUUGAGGACCCAAACAAAUGUCUGCAACAGCCAUACGCAAAGAAAGUUUACGAAGUGGAUAGCUUGGAGACAAAAUCCCCAGAAAUUCUCACCGGAAUAAUUCUAGAUAUGCAAAACACCAGAUACAGCUAUUACAAUUAUUCCAUGGACAACUAUUGACCCAGCUGUCAAUUCCAACAAAGUGGCUUGAAAGCUACGAUCUCAGUGGAGGUGGUCCCCCUAAUUUUUUUUUAUAUGUAUAUAUAUAUAUCAAAAAAAAAUAAUAAUUCACAGUGAUUUUUGCUGCACUUUCUCCCCCCUGCUUCUUGUAAAGAAUAUUUUACAGUUCUGAUCUAAUCCAACUUCUCAUCAAUCCUGUGUCGGGUAGGUCCUCUGGCCCCAUUCUGGACACGCUGGUGGUCUUAAAGUCAAGGAAAGAGGAGAGGUAUGUCUGAAGGCUCCACAGAGAGUUUAUGAUGAAGCACAAAGUAGAAUCCAAAUAUUCUCUAUGUUUACUUCCUCUGCUGUGACCUGGGUCAAUCUGUAUCUCUUGCCACUUCAGUGAGGAAUGGAUGUUCUCCUUUGGUUGUAGCGUAGAAUCCAUCUGAAAUAUGAACUGAAGGGGGCUGGGUCCCCUCUGAUCAAUCUAUGAUGAUUCCUUCUAUCCCACCCCCCUCCAUGUUUCUCUUCCCUCCCCCCCCCCAAUCCUUUCUGCCUUGGCUUGCCAACUGAUUUUUACCCAAUAAACUUACCAAAAAAAAAAAUAAUAAUAAGAGAGAGAGAGAGAGAGAGAGAGAGAGAACCCAGGGUUGGAAUCUGUUCAGCAGCUAAAAAAGGCAUAUAAACAGCUGCACCUCCCCUCUACCUCUUCCUUUCUUGGUCAACAUUCCUCUCACAUUAGCAACCUCCUGAAAAGACUGGCGCAUCAAGACACUGUGAAAUGGAGCGUCGUAGUCAGCUUAGCAGGAAAGUUGGGGGUAAGAAGGUAAGGAAGGAGCUUUAGGAGACGGCAAGCCAUCAUGGACAUUCUCGUAGCUCCACAAAAAAGCGAAUUUGGGAUGAAAGGAGAGAAUAAUAAUAAUAAUAAAGGGCCUCCCUGAUCAUGUUUUGUGGAGGGUGGGGUGGGGUUUGGAAGCUAAUGAAGAGUGAUCAAGUCAUUGGUUUAUGCAGUUGGAGUUACAUGAAAUAUCUCUGGUUUAUUUUGCUCGUGUCAAGUUAGAAGGAGAGCUUCCAUUUCUUCUCAAUGGAAUUUGCUUGUGGUCAAGCUAACUUCUUAAGACAAGUUCCCCCCCCCCCCACGAGGACUAAAUGAACAGGGGGAGGUUCAGGGUAUCAAGGGGACUAUUUUUCCCAGUCCACAUUGCUAAGUGAAAUGAAUACACUUUGCACUUUCUGGAUGAUGGAGCAGAACAGAACUUCGCUCUUCUUCUGAUUCUGCACUUCUCUGGAAUUUGCGAGGCUGUUCUUAACCCAAAACUUGCGUGCAAAAGAAAAAGGAAAGAAAGAAAAAAGCAUGCGUUGGGGAAGGUUGUGUACAAAAGAACAAAAUAUAUAUGUAUAUCAGGGAAAUAAAGCGUACAAAAUGAAUAUA